AUGGUGCUUGAUUCUUAUUUUUCGCUUUUUAUCCCGUCAAGUUUCAUCUGUCACCAACCGCGCGUGAAGCGGCAAUACAUCGAAGGCACUAUAUCAACCUUUGUGCGCGAUUCGAUAUUUUCUAUAGCUCUGCUGUUGCUGGAAUCAAAGACGGCAAGCCAACGGCAUCUGGUUGACGAGCCCUCGGGACCGCUGAGAACGAGGCCACCGUCGGAACUGUGGGCCGAACGAGCCAAUGUGGCUGCCAAGCAGGUCUUUCGUCCAACACUGGAGACGGUCCAGACUUUCUACAAUCUUGCAGCUUACUGGUGCGCCACAGGUAAGGCGCAUAGUCUCAAAGAAACUGCUAAUAAUGCAAUGCGAUCCGCCCAGCAAGUGGCGGUUCGUAGCCCCCGCUUGCCUGUUGGUGAAGCUAGCGAGCUGAAGCAAUCAUGUUUCUGGAUCGCAAUGACAUGUCGAUGUCUGCUCAACGAUGACGAGACUGUUGCUUCCUUCAAUUUGGUGCUGGAGGAUCAGCUCUCAGCACGAGAGGAUAUUCUCCCCCAACGUCCAGAAAUUCUUCUGGCUAGUGAUCUUCGUGGAAAUAUCAUGAGGCUCGUAGAGAUCUGGUUGAAAAUCAGACAAUUCGUCCAUGGGCUUGAUAAUAGUGCAGAUCCCGGAGCGCAGUUGGUAACGUUGGCCAACCUAGAUACCAAUGUUUGCCGCCUCUACGAAACCUUCCCGCCACAGUACAAGGAUUUUGACGGCCGAAGUUGCGACAGGGAGUCGGAAUUUGAUGACAUUGUUUCACUGCAAGCGAUCUAUCAUCUUUGCCGUAUUCUUCCGCACCUAGCGAUGGUUAGGUUCCUGCAAAAACAGGAGCCAUGGACUAAAGUGCAUGUUCAACCGUGCUCUCAAAUUGCGACCCAGCAUAUCAAUCGGGUUUCAGAUCUCUUCACGAAUUGCAUUUCCACUCGACAUCCCUUUCGAUCAGCCUUGCCACCCUUUGUCGCAUACUGUUCAUUGUUAUCAAGUUCAGUUUAUCUGAAAUAUGUGGAAGCUGUUCAAAGCCGUAGCGAAGCAUCAAGAAGCUAUCAGAGCCCUGCUUUUCGUCUCCUAAGAAUACGGCUUCUCUCCAACUUGCACUUGCUCAACCAAUCAAGGAGGUUUUGGGCCCCCGUUAAGUCAAUGUGGGACGUAUUACAGGCCGAUAUGAAAUCUGUGGGGCUAUCAAACAAAGAUAUCGAACAAUUUUUGCAAGAACAACGUGUUUUAGGCGAAUGGACAAUACCAAUCCCCAGUCCUCCGGCAUCAGUUUGCCCUAAACGCCAGGCAGAAUCCUUCAUGGUAACCAAUCUGCCGCAGGUUAUGGAAUCAAUUGUCCUAUUUGACCCAGGUUACAUUCUGGCCGGAACGCUUGAAUCAUAUCCACUCGGAGCACGGCCCAAACGCCGGACCACCUCACCAUCUAAUAAAGGCAGCCCAUCCGACUCCCUUGAAGAGAACAUAAUUUUGAUGCCGGGCCGUACAUGGGAAUUGCCGUUGCAUGCUAGUCCUCGGGAUCCACAGCAGACAAACGGAGUUCCCACACGCUCCGACCGUUCCACUCUGAAGCAUCUACUACAUGGCCUGGGCUACCGUGACUUGACACUGGGGAGCCCUACGACCGAUAUCUCCGUCUUUACGCGUGUUAAGCGACGCGGAGGUAGAGUGUUUGGUGACCAACACCGACGCGACCUUGUUCUUAUUCCCCUUUGGCGGCUCGUGAACUUCCUCCGCACCAUGGCGCAAGGCAUCAGCGAGCAGCCUACCGAGGAAAACCUUAACCUCCGAUUGACAAGAACGCAGACUGCCUCUAGCCUUAUCACAAACCAGGAUCGGGAAGCCGUCGCUCGGAUAGCGACAAACAUCCAGCAGCGGGCCUCCGUUCCUGAGGAGUUUGAGGUGGACGACGCAUCGUUAGACCCCACGAACCCCCAGUUCAACCCUCACGAAUGGGCGAAGAAGAUAAUUCGUUCCUUUGAUACCGAGGAGGUCGGAGCCCGUAGCCGGGGAGUGUUGUUCGAAAAUCUGACGGUCUCCGGCUCCGGCUCUUCGCUACAUAUUCAACAAACCGUCCUCUCCACUCUCAUGCUCCCCUUUGCGAAACUUGCGACAAUGGUACAACAACCGCGUAACCAGAGGAGAACAAUAUUGAACAGUUUCGACGGCUUGCUGGACAGUGGCGAGCUGCUGCUUGUCCUAGGACGUCCCGGAAGUGGCUGUUCCACGUUUCUCAAAUCAAUAUCUGGUCAUUUGAAUGGAUUGGACCUGGACCCAUCAAGUGAUACCCAAUACAAGGGUGUCCCAUUCACGCGCAUGAUAAAGGAAUAUCGGGGAGAAAUUCUCUACAACCAAGAAGUUGACAAGCAUUUCCCACACCUGACGGUCGGCGAGACCCUUGAGUUUGCUGCCCACGCAAGGGCUCCCCGAAAUCGAAUCAACGGAUACAGCCGAGAGGAAUAUGUGAAAAUCAUGGUCCUGGUAAUCAUGGCAUUCUUCGGUUUGUCACACACGUAUAAUACCAAAGUCGGAAAUGAUUUUGUUCGAGGGGUCAGCGGAGGUGAAAGGAAGCGAGUGAGUAUUGCGGAGAUGGCCUUAUCACACGCCCCAAUCGGCGCAUGGGAUAAUAGCACACGGGGUCUGGAUGCUGCCACGGCCCUGGAAUUCGUUAAAGCCCUUCGGCUCUCUGCCGACCUCGGGGGUUCCUGCCAUGCAGUAGCAGUUUACCAGGCCUCUCAAUCAAUGUAUGAUCUCUUUGAUCAAGUCAUCGUCCUGUAUGAGGGUCGUGAAAUCUUUUAUGGUCCAUGUGAACGGGCAGUGCAGUACUUUGAAGACAUGGGCUGGGAGCGACCUCUCCGUCAGGUUAGUGGUGACUUCCUGACCUCCAUAACCAAUCCUAUUGAACGCGUUGCUCGGCCAGAGAUGAAACACAAGGUUCCUCGGAGCGCGGCAGAGUUUGAAUCCUACUGGAGACAAAGCCCGGAAUAUCAUGCUCUGCAGUCCAGAAUAAAAAAACACAAGCAAGACUUUCCCGUCAAUGGCCAUCACGAAGAGUCUUUCAAUGCUAGAAAGCAGGCAGAGCAAGCCAAACAUGUUCGAGAGCGAAGCCCCUACCUGCUUUCGGUCCCGAUGCAAUUCAGGCUUUGCCUCAGAAGAGCCUAUCAACGAACAAGAAAUGAUCUUCCUGCCACGAUGGCUACCGCGAUUGUUCAAAUUAUCUUAUCAUUGAUCAUUGGCUCCAUCUUUUACAACACCCCAAAUAGCACCGAUGGUUUUUUUCAGAAAGGCGCGGUGCUUUACUUUGGCGUGUUGAUGAAUGCGCUUAUCACUGUCAACGAGAUCAUGCAACUGUAUAGCCAACGACCAAUUGUCGAAAAACAGGCCGCUUAUGCCUUUGUCCACCCGUUCACAGAAUCAUUGGCCAGCAUUAUCUUGGACUUUCCCAUCAAGCUUUUCCGGUGCUUCAUCUUCAGUCUCAUACUCUAUUUUAUGGCCAAUCUUAGACGGGAGCCCUCGCAGUUUUUCAUCUUUAUCAUGUUCUUGAUCACGGCCGUCGUAACAAUGUCUGGCGUGUUUAGGACUUUGGGUGCGAUGACAAAGACCAUUGGGCAAGCCAUGGCAUUGGCUGGAAUUAUCAUCAUCUGCAUGGCUGUUUACACUGGGUUUACGAUCCCCCAGCCCUAUAUGCACCCUUGGUUUGGCUGGAUCAGAUGGAUCAAUCCCAUUUACUACGCCUUUGAAGGGAUCAUUUCCAAUGAAUUCCACGGCCGCAAUUUUGAAUGCAGCCAAUUUGUUCCUAGCUACCCUUCGUUGAACGGAACGUCUUUUGUCUGUUCUGCUGUGGGUGCAGUUGCAGGAGAGCGUUUUGUUUCCGGUGACGAGUUCAUUGGCCAAAACUACCAGUACUAUUACAGUCAUAUCUGGAGGAACUAUGGCAUUCUCAUUGCCUUUCUGAUAUUCUUCAAUACUCUAUAUCUGGUCAUCACCGAGCUCAGCCCCGGCCUCUCAUCCAAACCAGAGGCACUUGUAUUCCGUCCAGGGAAGGUGCCCGCGUACCUCAAAAAUGACGACAUUGAAUCUACCGGGCCUGAAAAAGGAUCCAUGGCCACCUCCGCCGGAUCCGCAGAGAAAGAGCAUGAAACUGAAACUGCCCAUCUAGCAAAGCAAACUGACAUCUUCACAUGGAAAGAGCUAUGCUACGAUAUUCCAGUCAAAGAUGGCACGAGGAGACUGCUAGAUGAUGUAAACGGAUGGGUGAAACCAGGAACUCUCACUGCACUUAUGGGUGUAUCCGGAGCCGGCAAAACUACCCUUCUCGACGUACUCGCUCAGCGUGCGACCCUUGGAGUUAUAAGCGGUGAAAUGCUGGUCAAUGGCAAAGGUCUCGAUGCCAGCUUUCCACGAAAGGCAGGUUACGUGCAACAACAGGACCUCCACCUGGAAACCUCAACUGUCCGUGAAGCUCUUCAAUUCAGCGCUGCCCUACGUCAACCUGCGUCCGUUCCAACGCGGGAGAAAUUUGCAUUCGUUGAAGAUGUGAUCCGGAUGCUCGACAUGGAAGAUUUUGCUGAAUCGGUGGUCGGAAAUCCCGGAGAAGGCCUCAACGUCGAGCAACGGAAAUUACUUACUAUCGGUGUUGAGCUUGCUGCCAAGCCUGCUCUACUUAUCUUCCUGGACGAACCCACUAGUGGUCUUGAUUCACAGAGCUCAUGGGCGAUUUGCAAGUUCUUGAGAAAGCUUGCUGAUAACGGACAAGCGGUUUUGGCCACAAUCCAUCAGCCAAGCGCCUUGCUGUUUCAAGAAUUCGAUCGGCUUCUCUUCCUUGCGAAAGGCGGCAAGACUGUCUAUUUUGGGGACAUUGGUGAGCAAUCGCGGGCCUUGCUGGAUUACUUUGAAAGCAACGGAGCAAGACACUGCGAGCAAACUGAAAAUCCUGCCGAAUAUAUGUUAGAAAUAAUAGGUGCAGGAGCUUCGGGCCAGAGCUCGAAGGAUUGGGUAGAGACGUGGAAUAACAGCUCCCAACGAAACGAAGUGCUCGCAGAACUGGACCGCAUUGCUCAGCAAGAGUCCCCGAAGGUGACAGAGUCUGACGAAGCAAGCACUGGCGAGUUCGCAAUGCCCAUCACCAGUCAAUUCUACUAUGUGACCAAGCGAGUCUUCCAACAAUACUACCGCCAACCGGAGUACAUUCUUGCGAAAUUCGUACUGGGAAUUAUUUCCGGCCUCUUCAUCGGUUUCUCGUUCUGGAAAGCAGACAACUCUCAGCAAGGGUUUCAGAACGUGCUGUUCAGUCUUUUCCUUCUCUGUACGAUUUUCUCUACCUUGGUCAACCAGAUCAUGCCCAAAUUCGUUACCCAACGAGCCCUCUACGAGGUCCGCGAACGACCAUCCCGAACCUAUUCCUGGAAAGUCUUCAUCCUCGCACAGAUCCUCGCCGAACUUCCCUGGCAAAUCAUCCUCGGCGUCUGCUCCUGGGCCUGCUUCUACUUCGCCGUAUUCGGCGCCUCCCAAGAACCCCAACGCCAAGGCCUGGUCCUCCUCUUCGUGGUCCAAUUCUACAUCUUCGCCUCCAGCUUCGCGCAACUCGUCAUCUCCGCCCUCCCAGACCCCGCUCUUGGAGGCAUGCUCGCCGUCCUUGGGUUCGGUAUGUCUCUUAUCUUCAACGGAGUCAUGCAACCGCCCUCUGCUCUCCCGGGCUUCUGGAUCUUCAUGCACCGCGUGUCCCCCUUAACAUACUACAUUGCUGGGAUCAGUGGUGCCGCUCUCCACGGUCGCUCUAUCCACUGUUCGGACCGAGAACUUAACACUUUCAACCCCCCUUCCGGACAAACCUGCGGUGCCUAUCUAGCUGAGUACCUCAAAGCUGCGCCCGGAGAGCUCUACAACCCCAACGCCACGCAGGAAUGCCAGUACUGCUCCCUGAGGGUCGCAGAUCAGUACCUUGCCGGUCGGGAUAUCUCGUGGGAUGACCGUUGGCGGAAUUAUGGGAUCUUUUGGGCUUAUUUCGUGUUCAAUGUGUUUGGGGCUGUGGUGUUGUAUUAUAUCUUCAGAGUGUGGCCUUAUACGAGGAAGGUCGGAGGGAAGAAAUAA